UUCAUGCUGUCAGAAGCUGCUACAAUUCUCCCCUGCUACCUGAAAUAUCCAUGCCUUGGAACACUAAAGAAGACUACUGUUACGUGUCUUACAUGUAAUUCAGUAUUAACAGAAAUAAUUAUUAUCGUAAUUAUUAGCUAACAUCAACUACAAAACUAGGUUUCUUUGGGAAUCCGUUCAAGUUGAUGUUGGCAGAUUAGCUUCCGACAGCUAACUUAGCUAUGUGAACUAAGCCGGGAAAGUGUUGACGGAAACUCCCUGCAGCUUUCUGUUGUUGCAGGUCGCUCUCAUGUGCCCAUGGAGAAGACGGUAUUUGAGGGGUGGCUGGAGUCAGUCUCUGCCACUUUCCUUACUCUAAAUGACCAACAGCGCAACCAGUCUCUGGACCACCUCAUAUCUUUAAGUGGUGCUGCCCAGCUCCGCCAUCUCUCCAAUGGACUGGAGACACUGCUGAAACGUGACUUUCUGCGCCUUCUUCCUUUGGAGCUGGCUUUCUACCUGCUGCGUUGGCUGGAUCCUCAGACUUUGCUUACCUGCUGCCUAGUCUGCAAACAAUGGAAUAAGGUGAUAAACUCGUGCACUGAGGUAUGGCAGGGUGUGUGUCGGGAGCUUGGCUGGAAGAUUGAUGAGACAAUUCAGGAUGCAUCACAUUGGAAGGGGGUCUACCUGAAGGCUAAGCUGCGUAUGAUGCAGUUAAAGGAUCAGGAAGCCUUUGAGACAUCAUCACUUAUUGGUCACAGUGCUCGAGUAUAUGCUCUCUAUUACAAGGAUGGCCUCCUCUGCACAGGAUCUGACGACCUGUCUGCCAAAUUAUGGGAUGUGCGCACUGGACAGUGCAUUUAUGGAAUUCAGACGCACACCUGUGCCACAGUAAAAUUUGAUGAACAGAAGCUGGUGACUGGGUCCUUUGACAACACUAUUGCAUGCUGGGAGUGGAGCACAGGGGCUAAAAUCCAGCAGUUUCGUGGCCACACAGGAGCAGUCUUCAGUGUCGACUACAAUGAUGAGCUGGAUGUGCUUGUCAGUGGCUCUGCAGACUUCUCAGUGAAAGUCUGGGCUUUAUCUGCUGGUGCCUGUCUCAACACUCUGACUGGACACACUGAGUGGGUCACCAAGGUGAUACUACAGAAGAGUGAAGUGGAAUCGAUGGUCCACAGUCCUGGUGAUUACAUCCUCCUCAGUGCUGACAAGUACGAGAUUAAGGUAUGGCCUUUAGGUCGAGAGAUCAACUGCAAGUGUUUAAAGACGCUGUCAGUGUCAGAGGACCGCAGUAUCAGCCUCCAGCCUCGCCUGCAGUUUGAUGGACGCUACAUUGUUUGCAGCUCUGACCUUGGAGUCUAUCAGUGGGACUUUGCCAGUUUUGAGAUUCUCAGGGUGAUAAAAAUGCAGGAUCCAGCCAACCUGUCCCUGCUCAGUUUCGGGGAGGUGUUUGCACUUCUUUUUGACAACCACUUCCUGUAUGUGAUGGACCUGAGAACAGAGGCUAUCUCAGGCCGUUGGCCACUACCGGCGUACCGAAAAUCCAAAAGAGGAUCCAGUUUCCUGGCCGGUGUGACCUCUUGGCUUAACGGCUUGGAUGGGGGCAAUGACUCUGGACUUGUGUUUGCCACCAGUAUGCCAGACCAUAGCAUUCACUUAGUACUGUGGAAGGAGAACGGAUAGAAACAGGCAGGAUCAGUGUACCUUAGACUGAUAGAAUAUGAGCCGCUGUCAUGUGUGCUCUGAGAUGUAUGAACCCUAACUGCCAAGCCAGAUCAUGCAUGGACCAAAGCAUUUUCUUUUUAGCAGUUUCUUCCUCAGCAUACAGUCUUCCUGUAGAAACACUCACAGAUGGAAACGGAAGAUGACGAAACUAUUUUAUUGACACGCUACAGUCUUUCCUGAUUUGUGCAGUAACCUGAACACCUCUGUGAUCUUGGACAAAGAAGAAAAACAGACUUGGUGAAGACCAAUUACCCCACCCCCCACCCCGCCACACAUACACACAUACACACACACACACACACACACACACACACACAAUGAACACCACCAUAGAAAUGCUCCUGUGAUGGAUUCAAGUGUGAAAGAGGAAAUGUUUUGGCAGUUUUGUAGCGUGUGAUUGGGUGUUAUUUUUCUUAUUUUCUUAACACCACUAGGUCAAGUCGCAUGCACCGAGAACACGUCUGAUGCCAAGCCAGUCUCCACAUGACCCAUCGAAACAUCGGUGUCCUGCUUUAAGGCAAGGUUGCCUUAAAGCAGUAGUUCUCAAAAUUCCUACGGUUUUUUCCCCCUUUCAAGAGUUCCAGAAAGUUGACCCACAAGUCUUCCCCUGCCCCAUAAUUUAUAUUCAAAUUAAAACAGAGAAUCCAAGCUGAAAUGUAGUAAAUUACAGGUCUGACAUUAGUUUAUUUUCCCUACAUAAAUCACACCAAUUUCCUCAGUUGUCCACACCUCACAGUUUGAGAACCACUGCCUUAAACACAGUGUUGUCUUUGACAUGAGUUGGUGAUAUAAAAUAUUCCAGAACAGUGAUGGAAGCUACGCAUUUAAAGAAGUUUGCUACAUUAUUGCAACAUGUAAAAUAUUGGGAGCUUGCAGUUAAAUUCCACUGAAGAAGAUAUUCCAAGUGGUUUUAGUGUCAGCUUGAGAAAUGUGAGGUGCCUUUUUAGUUCAUUUGAUGUUACAAACUAGAAAUCCUUGAUAACUUGGGCACAUUGCAGUGUUGUUGCAUUGUUUUCUGCUGACAUUUUCGUACUUGCUAUGCUCUCAGUCUCAGAUGUACCUAACAGAUUUCUUCGGAAACAAAUUACUGAGAAAUUGACUCAGUUAAACAUCAGUUUUAUUUUUGUAGAAGCCCUCAAUAUUUCAGGCAACUGAGGCUGUGACUUCUGUACAAAAUUGCUUUUAAAUUUCAAUCAAAUUUAAGCAAAUUUUCUUUCUCGUAUAAGAAAUUCUGUGAAACGUGCCUCAUUCUGUGUCACAUUUUCAUCUGGUUUCCUACUUAUGAAGCCACCAUUGACAGCUUAUCCCCACCUUUUUAUUGUCUUCUUUUGCACUGGCAGGCCUCAGAUGACCAUGGAUCAGAAUGCAUUCACAUGCACCAGACUUGAUUAAAGGCCUUUAAUUAAUGAUUAAUGAUCUUUUUCUUUUAUCCUCAUAUGGAUGACUGUACACAACACAUUUACAGGCUGUUCUUAAUUUAACGUUUCCAGUUUACUAAGAACAACAGCACUAUAUUGUAUUAACUGUUGUCUGGCCAUUACAACACAUUUAAAACACAAUAACAUGACUUGUACAUAAAGUGAGAAAUGUGAAAUGAGAAACAUAUUUUGUUAAUGUACGUUUCAGAGUUGAUUUCAUCCCAUUCAAGCAUUGCAGAGUGCUUUACAUCACAGCAUCUCUGCUGAUCUCUAAUAAUUCUUUGGUCACUUAAAUCUAUCUAUAAUCUGCUUCUGUUCUGCAGUCUUUCAAAUAAAUAAUUUAGCAGAUG